UGGUCAGUUCUGCCACAAAUAGCGUGCCGAGCGGUCGCACGAAUUUUUCACUGCAAAAUAACUCGAGUGGCUUUUCAGAUACUUUUAACGGAUAAAAACAGACAAAGAAAUUCAUUUAGACUGUUGCCAUUAAUUAAUAACGUUUAAUUAAGCCCAAGAAUGAGUGACCUAGAGCAAGUUACACUGCAAAUGGAUGAUAAAACACUGACCAGAAAUCAAGAGAGCAGUCAGAAUGCUGUAGGCAAUCGCAUACCCCGAGCAGUGCCCGAAACGGAUGAUGAUGACGAUGAUCGUCCCUUUGUUAAAGGUGGCAAUGGCAAUCCCGGCGUGGACGAUGGACUGCUGGGCAAUGGCGGAGGAGGCGGCGGUGGUGGCGUCACUGUCAUUGUGCCCAAUGGCGGCAACAGAGGACGACGCCCCAGCUACAUGUUUCCCGGCUACACUGGCCCCGAAUUCGUGAACAUCAAUGGCGUGGAGACGCCCAUACCCGAUGUGAAUGCGUAUCAGCACAAGAAGACCCUGGCGCAGGGCAUGAUGGAUCUGGCGUUGCUCUCGGCGAAUGCCAAUCAGCUGCGUUAUGUGCUCGAAAUGAACCAGCAGCAUCCAUACUUUUAUCCCAGUCUCUUGUUCAUCUCACUGAGCAUUGUAUUCCAGAUCGCUGUCGGCGUUGGCCUUAUUUGGAACGGCAGAUACAACAUCAAGAAUGAGCAAGAGAUCUGCCGGGCGAAUAAAAUCAAUAAUUACACAGUCAUCGGCGUAUUCAUUGUAACGGUUGUCAAUGUUUUAAUAUCAGCCUUUGGCGUCGUCGAGCGUGCCCCAGUGCCAGUGAACACUUUGUAGUUGGGCGCUGCAAUAGAUAUUACUUAGUAUAUAUAGUAGCAUAAGCACCCACACAGUGUUAGUUUGAAACUCACCGCCACGACGAACAAUACACCAACGCCUCAUUUUUAUAUUGUGAUAAAUAAAUCGAAUCCCAAUCCCGAAAGUAA